GUUAGACUCUGGUUUUCCACUCCGACCCCACAAUGCCGCUGAAAACAAUCUCCGGCACCGGCAGAACAUGCUCGAUUUCGUCCCUUUUCAUCACCUUGUCCCUUCUCUGCAUCCUCCCACUCUCUUUUUUCUUCUUCCUUUCCAAUCCCAGAUCGACCCCUCCUCAGAAUCUCCUAAACAAGCUUCAAAUGUCCAAAAAUUCCAUCAAAGUCUACAUCCCAGAGCUUCCCAGAUCACUCAACUACGGCCUGUUGGAAACAUACUGGGCUUUAACCUCAGAUUCAAGGCUUGGAAGUGAAGUAGAUAAUGAAAUCCGAAAGACCCUUUUGUCCAAAACUUCUAAGAAGUUCCCUCCGUACCCUGAGAAUCCAUUAAUUAAGCAGUACAGUGCGGAGUACUGGAUAAUGGGGGAUCUGUUGACGCCUGAAGAGCUCAAGAAAGAAUCUUUAGCCAAAAGGGUUUUUGAUUUUAGGGAAGCUGAUGUGGUUUUUGUGCCUUUUUUUGCUACCCUUAGUGCUGAAAUGCAGCUGGGAGUGAAUAAAGGGGUGUUCAGGAAGAAAGUCGUGGAGAAUGAGGAUUAUCAGAGGCAAAAGAUGGUGGUGGAUCUUGUGAAAAAGUCUGAGGCUUGGCUGCGGUCCGGUGGUCGUGAUCAUGUCUUUGUUCUUACCGACCCUGUUGCAAUGUGGCAUGUAAGAGAGGAGAUAGCCCCUGCAGUUCUACUUGUGGUGGAUUUUGGUGGGUGGUACAGGGUUGACUCAAAAGGUUCAAAUGAUAACUCAUCAGAUACGAUUCAUCAUACUCAGGUUUCUUUACUGAAAGAUGUAAUCGUUCCCUAUACCCAUCUUCUGCCAAGGUUGCAAAUAUCAGAAAACAAGAAACGACAUACUCUUCUUUAUUUCAAAGGAGCUAAGCGUCGGCAUCGGGGUGGUCUAGUUCGGGAAAAAUUGUGGGAUUUCCUAGUAAAUGAACCUGGAGUUGUAAUGGAAGAAGGCUUUCCUAAUGCCACUGGCAAGGAGCAGUCAGUACGGGGUAUGAGGACAUCAGAGUUCUGUUUGCAUCCAGCUGGGGACACGCCAACCUCGUGUAGACUUUUUGAUGCCAUUCAAAGCCUCUGUAUACCUGUAAUUGUCAGUGACGACAUUGAGCUACCAUUUGAAGGAAUUGUGGAUUAUGCAAAAUUUUCAGUAUUUGUUGCUGUUAGUGAUGCAUUAAGACCAAAUUGGCUUGUCAGCCAUCUCAGAAGCUACUCUGAUGAACAGAAGAACAGGUUCCGUAGAAAUAUGGCCCAGGUUCAGCCUGUAUUUGAUUAUGAUAAUGGUCAUCCUGGUGGUAUUGGUCCUUUGCCUCCCAAUGGGGCGGUAAAUCACAUAUGGAAAAAGGUUCUGCAAAAACUGCCCCUUAUAAAAGAAGCCAUAGUGCGAGAGAGGAGAAAACCUUCUGGUGUUUCAGUUCCACUCCGUUGCCAUUGUACAUGAAUUAUUAAAUUGAAUGGUAUUUUUAUUAAUUUGUUGUAACAAUUCCCUCAUUCCCCUCAAAUUUUAUCAAAAAUAGUUUUCUUUUCCUUUUGAUGAGUUGAUUCUUUAUUGAGAUAUGGUUCA